GGCCGGGAGGUGACCUGGAGGAGGGCUCUGAAGUGCAGUUAGGUCGACUCGGGAGGUUCAUUUCAGAGAUGCCUGCAGCCGCUGCCAGGGGGAGUUAGGAGCGGUUACCGAGAUCUGGGGGCUGGGAAUUUGCCAUUCCGCUGUGCACAGAUUUUUUUUGUUUUUUGAUUUUUUUUUAAAGCAAGAUUUUAGGUGAUGGGCAGAUCAGAAAGUCAGAUGGAUAUAACUGAUAUCAACACCCCAAAGCCAAAGAAGAAACAGCGAUGGACCUCCUUGGAGAUCUAUCUCUCCGUCCUCGUCCUGCUCCUCACCAUCAUCGCUGUGACCAUGAUAGCCCUCUAUGCAACCUAUGACGAUGGUAUUUGCAAGACAUCAGACUGCAUAAAAUCAGCUGCUCGACUCAUCCAGAACAUGGAUCCCACUACCGAGCCUUGUUCCGACUUUUUCAAAUACGCCUGUGGAGGCUGGUUGAAACGCCACGUCAUUCCUGAGACCAGCUCCCGCUACAGCAACUUUGACAUUUUAAGAGAUGAACUAGAAGUCGUUUUGAAAGAUGUCCUUCAGGAACCCAAAUCUGAUGAUAUAGAAGCAGUGCAGAAAGCAAAAACAUUGUACAGAUCGUGCAUAAAUGAAUCUAUUAUUGAUAGCAGAGGUGGCGGACCUCUACUCAAAGUGUUACCAGAUAUAUAUGAAUGGCCAGUAGCCACAGACGACUGGGAGCAAGUAUAUGGUACUUCUUGGACAGCUGAGAAGGCUAUGGCACAACUGAAUGCUAAAUAUGGGAAAAAAGUCAUUAUUAAUUUUUUUGUUGGCACGGAUGAUAAAAACUCUUCGAAAUAUAUAAUUCAUAUUGACCAACCUCGACUUGGCCUCCCCUCCAGGGACUAUUAUGAAUGCACUGGACUAUAUAAAGAGAAAGAAAUUGCCAAUGCUUCAGCUAAACCUGAAGAUCGAAAUGAUCCAAUGCUUCUUUAUAACAAGAUGAAAUUAUCCCAGGUCCAAAAUAACUUUUCAUUAGAGAUCAAUGGGAAGCCAUUCAGCUGGUCCAAUUUCACAAAUGAAAUUAUGUCAACUGUGGAUAUUAAAAUUACAAGUGAGGAAGAUGUGGUUGUUUAUGCUCCAGAAUAUUUAACCAAACUUAAGCUCAUUCUUACCAAAUACUCUGCCAGAGAUCUUCAAAAUUUAAUGUCCUGGCGGUUCAUAAUGGAUCUUGUAAGCAGCCUCAGCAGAACCUACAAGGAGUCCAGAAAUGCUUUCCGCAAGGCCCUUUAUGGCACAACAUCAGAAAUAGCAGCUUGGAGACGUUGUGCAAACUUUGUCAAUGCGAACAUGGACAGUGCAGUGGGAAGGCUUUAUGUGCAAGCAGCAUUUGCUGGAGACAGUAAACACGUGGUUGAGGAUUUGAUUACACAGAUCCGGGAAGUUUUUAUUCAGACUUUAGAUGAGCUGACUUGGAUGGAUGCUGAAACAAAAAAGAGAGCUGAAGAAAAGGCCUUGGCAAUUAAAGAAAGAAUUGGCUAUCCCGAUGACAUUCUCUCAGAUGACAACAAACUGAAUAAAGAAUAUGAGGAGUACAAGUACAAGGAAGAUGAAUACUUUGAGAACAUAAUGCAAAAUGUGAAGUACGGCCAACAUAAACAACUAAAGAAGCUUCGAGAGAAGGUGGACAAGGAUGAGUGGAUAAGCGGACCAGCUGUAGUCAAUGCAUUUUAUUCUUCAGGCAGAAAUCAAAUAGUCUUCCCGGCUGGCAUCCUGCAGCCCCCCUUCUUCAGUGCCCAGCAGUCUAAAUCGUUGAACUACGGGGGCAUCGGCAUGGUCAUAGGACAUGAAAUUACCCACGGCUUCGAUGACAGUG